AUGUCUCAACAUUCAUUAACAUCUUUGCCUCUUGAAAUUCUCUCGGAAAUUUUCAAAUAUUUACUACACAGUGAUACAAGUAGGAAUUUAAUAAAUUACAAGAAUGAUGUCUCGGAGUUAUGUAAAUUAGAUUUAUUAUGCAAGCAAUUUUCAAAGAAUGAAAAUUAUAGAAAUUAUAUGGAUGAGAAAUAUUGGAAGAGUAUUCUUUUGAGAUUAGUCGGAAUCAAUCCGUGCCAAUCCAAUGAUGAUGUAAACAAGGAACAUACGAUUGAACCAUCUGUAUUGGAUCAAUUAUCAAAAAGAACCUUUAAACAAAGCUUUGGAUUGAUGAACCAUUAUUUACAUCAAACCAAUGAUGAACACCACAAACUCGAUAGAUCUUUGGUAAAUAUAUUAAUAUACGGAGAAGGUGGUGUUGGUAAAACUUCAAUUGCUCGAAGAGUUGUUGAGAAUCGAUUUUUGGAAUUCUAUGAACCAAACAUGUAUGAAGAAUUUGAAAAACAAAUCAUCUUAGAUGACGCUACUUCAGUUAGAGUUACAUUGUGGGAUACUGCUGAACACAUGGAAUUCAGUGCCAUGAGAGACAUGUAUAUUAGAAAAUGUUCAAGUUAUAUCAUUGUUUGUGAUAUUACGGAUUUAAAAACACUUCAAGGAGUUGAAAUUUGUGUCGAACAAAUUAUUCGAUGUAAUGAUGAUGAAAACUUUCCAUUCCUAUUCAUGAUUAAUAAGGUGGAUUUAAUACAGAAUCAUCAUUCUCAGAGUAUAACAAAAUCGAUGGUUGAGAAAAUAUUGAAGCAACAAUGGAUUACUGAUUUUGAAAUUGUUGAAACGAGCGCAAAAGAAAAUAUCAAUUUAGAUGAACCAUUGAAAACACUGGUUAGAAAACAUUGUAAUUUUCUUCCAACUCAUGUCAAAAGACAAAGAAGAUGGUUUUUGAAACAAAUUGCAAAAAAGGGAGUCCGCGCUUUAAAUCAUAAUAGUAAGAGCUCUUGUGGUUUAAUGUAA